UAGCGUUGCAGCGGUUGAUGGGUUUGCUGCUACAGCUCAACGCCUCCUCCGUUCUCUGCUUCGCUCUCCGUACUUGUCGAACGAGAAUUUGAUUCGGUUGUCUGAGUUAAGCAGGACGAGUUCGACUGACCGAUGUACAGAAAGAGGGCUACCCUUCUCACCAUCACUUCUCUCAAAGUUUUGUCUAAGGUACGCACACCACGUGUUUGUUCCUUUGACUCUAUCAAGGCCUCUGGUCUUUUGAGAACCCUCAGCAUCGCUGCUGAAAGAUCAGAUUUUCCUAUCCCCAGUGUAUCUAAUGGGGAAGGUUCUGUAGAAUAUCAGCGAAGCCCUGAUGGGUUUUAUGGUGACAAUCAAAGCCAUGUUGGGUUUCAGGAAAACCCUAGAAUCGAAUUUCAGCAUAACGCGGUCGGACAAAAUGGGAACUUUUCAAGUGGGUAUUACGGAGAGGGCAACGUAGAUGGGUUUCAGGGAAACCCAGCUGAGCAAAAUGGAGGACUUCAGCAUAGCUCCACAGGGCAAAAUGAAAUCAUUAGAGGUAAUUGUGGGGAAAAUUCAGCAGAGCUAUGGCAAGGGUCAGGUGGAUAUAACAUGGAGAGUUUUAGGACUUCAGAGAAAAGCUCAGAUGGAUGGUAUGGGGAACAGAGGAAUUCACAUAACCCACACGGGUCUUAUAAUGAUGCAGGCUCACAAAUUCAACAGAAUCUAAAUGGGUUUUCUCAACAGAGUAGGUCAGGGUUUCCGGGGAACACUUGGCACCAUGGAGGAAGUGUUGGACAAUUCCAGCAGGGUGCGAGUGAUCGUUACUCGGGAAAAACUAGUGGCGUUCGGCAGGAGCUAAACAACUAUUAUGUGGGAAACACGACACCGACACAACACAGCCCUGAUAAUUAUCAUAGGAGCAAGGAAGGAAAUUAUUGGCAAAAUACAAAUGUAAAUGAUCAGUACCUGGGGAACACUGGAGUGUCUCUGCAAUCCAUAAAUAACAGUUCCAUCGGAGAGACAGCAAUGACCCAACAAAGCCUUGGUAACUAUUUUUCAGGAAGCACAACAGCACAUCAACCUGGCAUGGAUACCCCUAAUGCAGGAAAUGGUGGAGUGUACCCGCAAGGCACGUAUGGGUACCGUGGGGGUACUGAUGGAUACUCAAAUGGAUACGUAUUGAACAAUACUGGGGAACGUGCUUGGAACCCAAGGGAAAGUUUCAAUGCUGAUGGUGGUUUAAGUUACCAGAGGAGCUCAAAUGAGUCUCAAAGUGCAAUGGUGGAUUCUCAAGUAUCAAAUAGUUUCAAAGCUGAUGGAGAAUCUGUUGAAGCUGCAGGAAAUGGUCCAUGCAGUAGGACUACUGAAGAGUUGGAUGAUUUAUGCAAAGAAGGAAAACUGAAGGAAGUAGUGGAAUUGUUGGGAUUGUUGGAAAGCAAGCACGUCUCAGUAGAUUUUCCCCGAUAUCUAAUGUUGUUGAAGGCAUGUGGGGAGGCAAAAGCUCUGGAAGAAGCAAAGUAUGUUCACGAGCACCUCCUGAGGUCAAUUCCUGCUCCAAAAGUCAGCACUUAUAACAAGAUACUAGAGAUGUAUGGAAAAUGUGGUUCCAUGGAUGACGCACUGAUGGUGUUUCAGAAAAUGCCACAGCGUAAUCUGACUUCUUGGGAUACCAUGAUAACUUGGUAUGCCAAUAAUGGUCUUGGAGAGGAUGCAAUUGAUUUAUUCACUGAAUUCAAAAAAGCAGGGCUGAAACCAGAUGGGAAAAUGUUCAUUGGGGUCUUCCAUGCAUGCAGCGUCCUCGGGGACAUGAUCGAGGGGAUGUUGCACUUCGAAUCAAUGAGCAAAGACCAUGGCAUUGCUCCAUCAAUGAAGCAUUAUGCGAGUGUGGUGGACAUGAUGGGAACCGCUGGGUAUUUGGAUGAAGCAUUGGAGUUCAUUGAGAAAUUACCAGUGGAACCAAGUGUAGAUGUUUGGGAGACUUUGAUGAAUCUCAGUAGAGUACACGGGCAUGCAGAACUCGGGGAUCGUUGUGCUGAACUUGUUGAUCUCAUGGAUUCCUCUCGCUUAAAUGAGCAAUCAAAGGCAGGCCUGAUACCAGUGAAAGCUUCAGACCUUGCAAAAGUAAAGGAGGCGAAGAAAUUAGGACCUGAAAGUCUUCUUUCGGUUAGGAGUAAGGUACACGAGUACCGGGCAGGAGAUACAUCUCACCCUGAGAAUGAUAGGAUAUAUGCCCUGCUUAGGUGUUUGAGGGGACAGAUGAAAGAAGCUGGCUAUGUGGCAGAGACUAGAUUUGUGCUCCAUGACAUAGACCAAGAAUCAAAGGAGGAUGCUCUUCUUGCUCACAGUGAGAGACUCGCUGUUGCAUAUGGUCUCAUGAACAGCCCAGUUCGUGCUCAAGUUAGGAUAAUCAAGAACCUUCGUGUUUGUGGUGAUUGCCACAGUGCUCUGAAGAUCAUUUCAAAGUUGGUUGGCAGAGAAUUUAUCAUACGAGAUGCUAAGAGGUUUCAUCAUUUUAAAGAUGGACUAUGCUCGUGUCGAGAUUAUUGGUGAAGAAUCAGUUUUGAGAGAAGACACCGUCAGUCCCCUCCCUUCCCGGAUGGUGCACCCAGGUGGAGUGUUGCUCCGAUCAUCUCAGUAACAAGUGCAUUGACACAGGUAAUCUCAACAAAGUAAUUCGAUAAGACUGCUGGAAGAGGUUUUCAUGAAUUCUCCUGAAAUGCCGCGGCAUCAUACUGAUUUUGAUCUCAUUUCCAUCAAUCUAAACAAAUUUCAUUGCAUGUUUGUUUGGCUUUGUUCUGCUGGGAAGAUGGAAGCUAACCUGCAUAUGCAUAUCUGUCAUUUGAUCUAUAUCUCAUGGAAAGAAGAGUACAAGCUUGGACUAGCUAGCCUGAUAUUAUAAUUGAUUACACUCUUGUCAAUGUAUUGUAAUUUGUAGGUUAAGAAAUCAUUGGGUUUUUCAUAUUCCAAUCAUAUGUUUUCUCCAUUGAGAUAAUAACUUUUUAUUCUUUGAGAGAUUUGUAGGUUAAGACAUCAUUAGAUAAUAACAAUUAUUUUCAAUUAUACAA